AUGCCUGAGACAAGCCCUAUGUCCGAAGAACAAAAGGAGGAUAGUGAAGCAGAUUCUGAUGAUUUACCAAUUGCCAGUCUGCCUAGGCGUAGAUUAGAUGUUGAUGAAGAGCCAACUCCUACGAGACCCACAACAAGGUUGCAAAAGAAGAAGGCUCUUGAGUCUGCGCUUAAGAAUAGUCAAGCUAAGUCAAGGAGAAGAAAAUUAAUGAAACAUGACAAAGUUAUAAAUGAAAAGAUAAUGCCUGUUGUGAAUGUGGAUAAAGAAGAAGCGGAGGAACCUAGUACGUUGACUAGGAAGUUAUCACAAAAUCAUGAUCUUCUCAAGCCAAAAGGGGGAUCUUCUGUGUCUGCUAAAAGUCUGACUAAGUCUGAUGAUGCUGUUGCUACUAAGAAUGUGCUGAAAGAAUUAGGUGAAAAAUCUGUAAAGUCUGAUAAAAAGGAGAAGAGUGUUCGCAAGACUGCUAAGAGAAAGGCUGAUACUGAUAAGGAACCUGGUUCCUCAAAGACGGCCAGAGUUGGUGAUCUGGGGAGUGCUGGGAAAGAGAGAUUGAGAAGUCAAAAGGUGUUGUGGGGAUGCACAUUUGCCUCUGAUGUCUUGGAGGAGGCUCGUAUAAGACAAUUGGUUGAGAUUUAUGAGUUCCAACAAUGGAAACACUUGUUCAUAGGUGAUGCUGCUCGGGUUGAGGAUGAUCACAUUUGUGCUUUGGUGAAUGGAGUUGAUAUGGUAAUGGACUCUUCCUUGUUGGGGUCUAUUCUUAGUGUGCCUGCUGAAGGGGUGUCUAGUGUUCAGGGAGCUUGUACUCAAAACUUCAGAAACGCAAUCUUGAAGGACACAUCAGUUCAGCAGGGGGAACGGGUUCAGAAUAAGGCCCUCCUUCCUAUAUACCAACUGCUAUUUGAGAUGGUAAACAAAGUCUUGCUGCGUCGAGCUGAAAGAAGAUCUAUCACUUCUCGUGCAGACCUGUUCCUCAUGGAAGCACUGGACGACUGCACUACCAUUAAUCUGCCUAGGAUCAUGAUAGAGCACAUGAAUAAAGUGGCAGGUUUUAAAGAUGGCAAUCAUGGGCUGCCGUAUGGGUUCCUUCUUACCAAGGUCUUUGAGCACUUCAAGGUUCCUCUUGGACCGGUUAAAGUGGGCGCCAAGAAGCAAACUUUUUCAAAAGUUACUCUUGAAGAAUGUGAGUGUAUAGAGAAAUUUGGAGGGACUCAGUUAAGUCAGCUGCAAGAGGCACCUGGUUCCAGUAGCUCUCAAAGCGAAGAGGUUGCUCGUCUGACAAAGAAGAAUGCUGAGCUCAGGAAACAAGUGGAGGACCUAAAAGGGAGACUGCUCAAUGAGCAAAUGUCAGCAAAUGCUCGAACGGAUUUAGUCCUCCAAACAAUUUCCUCUGCCUCCAAACCUUCUCCUUCCAGUGCUCCUUAA